UUGAAGUUUCCGGGUCGUGGUGUACCGGAAGCGGAGAAGAAGAAGAAGAAGAAGAGCCUGUUGUUGUUGUUGAAGAGCUUCAGCUGCUGAGGACUCACCUGGUGGACAGGAACAAUAAAGAAUCCCUCCUCUCAUUGGGCGUCGUCUCUUCAGGUCAAAGGUCGUCUCCUCAUCCACUAGUGAUGGCUCUGAUCUCUCUGGAAGACCUCGACGGAUUGGACGACGAGCAGCUGGAUGAUGACAUCACUGACAACCCAGAACCAAUGGAUGAAGAGGACAGAGAUCGACUGCUGACACACUGGCAGGCGGUCGCCAGUACCCACCAUGUGUCAGUACCUCCAGAGAUGACUGGACCCAUACAGGAAAUGACCCGCAACAACCAGCAGAGGGAGUCCAUACCCUUCGAUCCAGUGUCCCGCCACGAGAAGAUGGGGGAGGUUCUGUAUGAGGAGCGGGUCUACCCGGCGGGUCACUGGGCCUCCGUGACCAGCGGAGAAGAUCUGUAUGAACAGAGUAUCUCCAAGGGCUUCAUGAAACUGAUGCGCUUCAUCUGUAGAGAAAACUCUGCAGGCACAUAUCUGGGGAUGACGGUGCCGGUGGUCAGUCACGUCCACAUGAUGGAGGACGGAAACACGUUUGAGAAAGGCGUCCAGACGGGGUACUUCCUGCCCGCAGAGUUUCAGACCAACCCCCCCCGACCCUCCGACCCCGACAUCACCAUCGCCUACAGAGAGCCAAUCAGAGUCGUCGCCAGGACGUUCUUCGGGACAACCACGGAGGAGACGGUGACUCGUCAGAUCGGGCUGCUGUGGGAGAUUCUGGGCGUCACCGACGACCUGCGCAGAGACGGCUACAUGGUCGCCACGUUCGAGAACCCCGGCGUCCCCCACCGCAGGAACGAAAUCUGGUUUGUCAGACGCAACCUGUAGACGCCUUCCCAUCAUCCUCUCCUCCUUCACCUCCUCCUCUGAUUGGCUGCUGUUUAUCUGCUCACUUCAUUUAUUAUGUCAACCUGACCAAUCAGAGCAGGUCCUGACACUAAGCCCCGCCCCCUACCUGUCCAAUCAGAGCAGGUCCUGACACUAAGCCCCGCCCCCUGCCUGUCCAAUCAGACUGCCUCUCUCUGACUAACUCACAUCCCAUUGGUUUAAAAUGAUCCCGCUUCAUAUCAACAGGAAAUACGUAACUUUAUUUUGACAAGCUUCCGUCCUGAUUGGCUACAAUCUGAUCAGGUGAUCGGAGGGAUAUUGAUCCGAUCGAUCAGACUGUAAACAGUAAAACAUUAAAGGAGCAGUUAAGAUAAAUCUUCUCUGUUCACACUGAUUAGCUUAGCUUAGCAUAAAGACUGGAAACAGCUAGCCUGGCUCUGAUUAGCAUGUUAGCAUCUGGACAAAACCUGGAGAGUCAAAACAUUAGUGAGCAGCUAAUGGUUGGUCCUGGACCUAGUCCUGGACCUGGUCCUAGUCCUGGUCCUGGUCCUGGACCUGGUCCUAGUCCUAGUCCUGAGACCUAGUCCUGGACCUGGUCCUAGUCCUGGUCCUGGUCCUGGACCUGGUCCUGGUCCUGGACCUGGUCCUAGUCCUGGUCCUGGACCUGGUCCUGGUCCUGGACCUGGACCUGGUCCUGGACCUGAUAAUGAGUCCUGUUAGUGACCAUCUGUCCUCCAAGUGUUUUGGUGUUUUCAGCAUGUUGAACCGAUUUUAACUUCCUGUUUUGUUUUUCUGGAAAUUUUGAUGUGAAACGUUUUAAAACGACCAAAAACUGAUUCAACUGAUUUAACAGAUUUAACAGAUUUAACAGAUUUAACAGAUUUUUGGUGCCUGUUUUUCUUUUAUUUACUUCCUGUUGACUUUCAGUGUAAAACAGUUUUUAUUAUUGUUGUUUUUUCCUUGUUUGAUUCCAACGUUUGUGUCUAAAAUAAAAUCCUAUUUAAAGUGA